CGGUGAUGGAAGCGGAGAACAACAACCGCCGCAACAGCAGUGGCCGUGGCGAAGAGGAGGAUGGUGGUGGUGGUGAUGUGUUGGUGGGGAUUGAAGUGAGCACGCCCAUCUUUUCCCGGUUCCACGAGCUGGACGUGGGAUCGGGAACAGAAGAGCAAAGAGAGGGGGAGGUUGACGUCGUGGGCGCCGUGAGUGGGGAGAGGGAGGGGGAGAAUGAAGCGGAGAACGGAAGCGGCAUCUUGAGGGGUGGCGUUGCUAACGAUGAUGAUGUGCUGGCUGGAGUGAGCGAGCUGCGAGCGCGGGUUCAAAGGGUUGUGUGGGCGUCCUCAUCGUCGCCAAUGCAGAGCAGCAGCGGUAGUUUUAGCAUGACGUCCAACACCACUCUCCUAGCCAGCAGCAUUGAUCUUCCCGAGGCGCGCUUCAGCGACAGCAGCGAUGAGGAUGAGGAGGAGGAGGAGGAGGUUGGUAGCGUGGAGGGUGCAGGAGAACAUUGGCUGCUGCAUCAGAGACAAGCGGACCAAACUGAACAAAGGCAGCAGCGCCAAGGAAUCAAGAACGGUGUGAAAUCCCUUGCAUCCACGCGACAGUCUGCAAGACAUGUACACCAUGGAACGCGUGCGUUUGUUGAGACGUCAUCAUCCGACAGCAGCGAUGGUGAUGAUGAUGACGGUGGUGAUGAUGAUGACGGUGAGGACGGUGAGGACGGUGAGGACGGCGCAGGUUGGUUUGAGCAACCGGCAGGCUAUAAACAGCAGCAGGGGGAUGAAAGAGGUGCAGAACAACAACAACAACAACAACAACAACAACAACAACAAUUGAAGCAGCAGCAUGAUGAUGAUGAUGGCACCAGCGUUGAGACAGCUGAACGCAUUGUUCAGCGGAGGGCACAGGUGCCCUCUGCUACUGCACUGGAGGAGUUUCGUGCCGCUUGGAAGCAAGAGCUCAAACAACAACAGCAGCAACAGCAGCAACAGCAGGUGCAGAAGCAAGACGGUGAGGCCAACAAAGCACAGGCGUUAAAGCAGGGGGCGAUUACACCCACCUCAACGGGCCUGGGCGACAUGUCAACAACAGAUGGACCACGAUCACCAUCGUCAGCGCACGUGGCAGAUCGCGUGUUCUUCAUGCAGUCACGGCCCGACGCAGGCUUCAACCCACUGGAGGUUGUGGUGCCGCCACGAGGGAGGCAGCGGCCCACCACAGACCUCCUCGCCCGCCCCUGGCGCAUCAGCAGCGGGACUGGCGAUAAGGACUACAAGCAGUGCAUCACAUCGUCGCUUGUGGAGCCGCGGGAGGAGGAGGCCGUCUACUUUCCGCCGCCACUGCAGCGCGUGCGGGCACACCGUGCUGAUGGUGGCGGUGGUGGUGGUGGGGAUGGUAGUGACGGUGGUAAUGACCAGAGUUGCAGUCGUAAGAGCAGAAGUGGUGUGAGCGAUGGGGGAGGGGAGCGAGCACGUGUUGACGCAACACGUGAUGGGGAUGGUGUUGAUGCAGUUGUACAUGAUCGAGACGAUCGAAGACGCGUUGGUUCCGACAGCACCACGCCCACAGCACAAGCAGCACCUGCGAGCAAUGACAGCCGCCACGAUGGUGGUGCGUUGGGUGGUGCACGCGAUGUGCCACUGACGCUUGCAACCCUUCCUGAGGAGCUGCUACUGGCAAUAUUCGCCCGCCUGUCGUUUGCGGAUCUGUGCGUGUGUGCCAUGGUUUGUCGACGGUUUUAUGACAUCUCUGCCCGCAUCGCAACGCCCUGGCGACAUCUGCAGCUCAAUGUGCUUGACUGGGAAGUGCGCGACACAUUUGCGUUCAAUGCCAUCGCCGCUGCCACGCGUCGCACCACCGUCACGUCCAUCAAUCUCCAAGACUGCACCGGCAUCACUGAUCGCCUGCUGCAGCUGCUGGAACAGCACCCGGCAUGGCUCACCCAUCUCCACAGACUCAACCUCAGCAGAUGCGACAAGAUCACGUGCGGCCCCACGGGUAAGCUGCUGGCGACAACGCAACACCUGCGCCACCUCGAUCUCUCCGAAUGCUUCCAGCUCUCUGCCGACAUCACCCCUGCCAUUGCGGCGCUGGAUGGUCUGCACUCUCUUCAGCUGUCGCACGUGUUUGACUUGACAGACGAGCACAUGGAGGUCAUAUGCACGGGCUGUCGCCACUUGAAGCACCUCGCCCUCAAGAAUUGCGUGCGGCUGACGCCUGCGUGGCUGCUUGCUGCGCCGACGGGACUUGAGACGCUGGAGUUGGUGGACCUGCCGCGCAUGGACGAUACGCUCGCAGAGGUGGUGGCUGCUGCGCCGCUCUUCAACACCAUUCACACACACGCUCCCCACCACGACGUACACCACCGCCAUCACCACCACGACGUACACCACCGCCACCAUCCUCAUCAUCGCCAGCAUGGCAAUGUUGGUGGUGGGGUGACAUCGUGCCCACGUGGGCUGGUGCGCGUGUCGUUGGCAGGGUGCUGCAACGUGACGGAUGUCGGCAUGACUGCGUUGUUGCUGCGCACGCCUGCUCUGACCUACGCCAACCUCUCUGGCUGCUACAUCAUCACAGAUGACAGUCUUCAUGUCCUAGCCACGUGCCCCGCGUUGCGGACGGCGCGGCUGAACGGCUGUGGAAACAUCUCGGACCAAGGGUUGUUGCACGUUGCGUCUGCAUGCUUGCAUCUGACACGCGUCGACCUCUCCGACUGCGGCACCAUCACGCAGGCAGCCGUCGACAACAUGAUGAUGGCCGGCAUUGCGGUCCUGCGCUGACACCAACGCCUCGUGUCGUGUACAAAGCGCACUGUUGAACGUGACAUGACAUGAUGUCUGCGCUCCAUUGCACACACACAUGCACACACAUGCACACACAUGCACA